UAUCCUACUUCAUACGUCUAUUGAAAACUUUAAUUGAAGUUACUGGCUGUCUAGCUACAUACCAAAGUCACAGCAAGAAACCAAUUAAAAAUAAAAUUAAUUAAGGCGGGAAAAUCGUUCAAUAUUUAUUACACGAAGGAGGUCAGCUGCAGUUUUUAGUUAACGCUGCUUUACUUUACUAACAGUUAACUUGUAAUUAAUUAAGACUUCGUUAGCAAUGGAGCAACAAUGUAAAUUGCUGCUAUACUUAGACAGCAGGCGUUACUUACAUGACAUGAAAACUAACUGCGUGGAUUUCCUAGAACAAUUAACUGACAAAACGGUUUGUAAGUUUCCACCAUUACGAUUUUUAUUGGAGGUUGACAUUAUGGAUUUAUUUGAUAUGUUUCCCGAGAUAGGGGAACUAUUGAUAAAAGAGCCAACUAAAGUAAAAAAUAUGUGCAACGAUGUUUUGUUUGCAUGCCUUCAGGCUAUCGACCUCGAGAUAAAGAAUCGUAUCGAAUAUGCGCAGGUUGCCGUAACACUCCGUUUGAGGAGCGUUCCCAGACUUUUGAAAUCUAAUCCUCGACAUUAUAAUGGCCUGGUGACAUUUGAUGGAUUGCUGAUAAGUUAUUCAAAGCCUGAGAGCUAUGUUUACCAUUCCGUUUGGUCAUGUCCUGAGGAAUGUGAAGGCAGCGAAGUUAUCUUACACUACAUACCCAAACACCCACCAAAAUGCUUCGUGUGCAAAAGUAUUCUAUUUGAAAACAGCGGAUUGAGGCGAUGUGGAGAACAAGUAACUGCUACAUUUAAAAUUCAAGAGCAAUUACUACUGAAACGUUUUCAAAUUCCUGACGAUUUAUUUCCAAAGCUAAACCUCGGAUUGAGAUACAUCUUGCAUGUUGUUGGCACAAAAAAGAAUACAGUUGUCUGGUCUUUAGAAAAAGUAAUUCCUUUGGGUGCACCAAUAACUAGCCCCAUACCUAAAGAUGUAGAAGAUUUGUUCAAGGCUUGCAAAGGUAUACCUUGGAAGUUCAUAUACUGUCUCGCUUCAAGUAUAGGCGUGAAUAUUUGCCCUUUGAACUGCUUCAUGCACCUUAAGAUAAACCUGCUAUUGAGUCUUACAAGUAUAAAGGCAAACGCGAUAACCGGUGCAAGUAUUGUGCACGUCUUAGCUGGAGGAUUUGAUACUAGAUAUGUGGGAGAAAUAAUGACUGAAGCAGCUAAACUGGCUGAUAGACACGUGAUUUUAGGAACAGCAAAUUCUUUGGCGUCAACUGCUUUAAUAAGCAGUUCAGGAGGAGUCUGUAUGCUACCAUUACCUCUCCACAUCUACCAUCAGAAGCAAGUGUCAUCUGUUCUCUCAGCUAUAGAAACGGGGAAUAUAAAUACUGGCACAGGACCAACGACGCUAAAGUCCGCAGUUUGGGCUCAAGGCAUGAAUUUCAAGAAGAUGAUUCUGUUCAACGUUGCCAGUGUGUUCGGUAAUGUCUGUCGAGGUGAUUGCGGAGAAUACUACGACGAAAUAGUCGACUUUAUGAUGCAGCAGGCCGUAGAACCAGUAGGUGUAGGUAAAGAAGAGAUACAAGCCCUGAAAGAUGUGGCAAAGUAUAUUGAUCUCGUCGCAGGAAUUGAAGUAGAUUUAGACGAUGCCACAGAGAAUUUAUUGAGGAGUUACUUUCUAGCUGCUCGUAAAGAGAAUACAAGAAGUGUUUCGGUCGGCAGUAUGAGCGCUCUGGUAGCAAUUUGCUUGACUUCAGCCAGGCUUUGUCGUAGGAAGGUUGCGAACGUUGAUGACGCUGUUUUCGCUAUUUGGUUACACGUCAGCGGUAGUCCCGAGCCAAGGUUCGCCCCCGAAGAGUAUCUACAAACCCCGGCAGACGUGAGAAAAUUACAAAAAAUAAUUAAUAACUUCAAAGAUUGGUUAGAACAAUUUACCGGUAGUUUACUUUGAGUUUUUCCUGCUUUGUGGGUUGCAAGGUGACUUUGUUAGCAGUUUUUUUUUAUACAAUAGGCACUUUGUUCAUUUUAUGUUUAGUUUCCUAUACGAGUACCAGUCUAUGUGCUUUUAGGGAAUGUUUUUGAGUCUUUAAUUAAAACAUUAA